AGGACUCGCGUAUACCUACGCUCGCGCGAAAUUGAGGCAGGGGCAACAGACAAAGACGGGGCUUACUUUAGGAUUCUCGUCUCGCUUGCACUCAUACUUUUAUAUGCAAAUUAAAAGACGAUUUCCCUUUGUUUCAUGUUGUUUCACCUAAUGGGCAUAUAUUUGACUUCGAAUGUGUUUGAAUCCGUUUAUGUACAAAUCAUUUAUUGUAGUGACACUUGUGAUUAUGAGUCAUACAUUUGUUUUUGUUUGUAAUCAAGUGUAGAACUUGCAGUAACCAUCAUGGUGCUCAAUUGUGUAGUUGUUGGAUGCACCGUUGUUCACGGCACAAAUAAUCCCAUUUCUUUUCAUGGAUUUCCAUUUAGGAAUCACGAAGUUUUUGAACAGUGGGUUCAGGCUAUUAGAAGAGAAAACUGGACACCUUCAAGAACCAGUAAAGUAUGUAGUCGGCAUUUUAGAGAAAGCGACUAUAAAGUCAGGCCAGGAGGAAAUCUAAAGUUAUUAAAACCAGAUGCAGUUCCAAGUAUUUUUCCGGAAUACCCAAAGCAUUUAAUAAAAACAUCUUCUGACCGGAGAGUCUUAAAAAUAUCAAAGUCUACUGACGAACCAAUUCCUUCUACUUCCGUUUCAACAGAUAUUGAGAUAAGCAUGGAGGUGGAUAGUCAGUUAGAUGAAACUAAAACCAAGCAGGAAACAUGUGAACAGGCAACUCAAACAUCUUGGAAUGUGGAUGGAGAAUUGCAAUUCCUUCGCAGAAAAAUUAAAUCCUUAAAACAAACGGUAAAACGCAGAAACGUGAAAGUUGCUAAUGUGAAGGAACUCAUUCAAAAACUGAAAGACAAUUCAUAUAUAAAUGACGAUUUAGAAAAUGUUUUGAGGCACCACUUUGAAGGAAUGCCAUUAGAGAUUAUACUUCACGAGAAAAAAUUUAAAGAAGUUAAUCAAACACAGCGAAGGCAUACAAUUUUGUAA